UAUUGUUGAGUAGAAAGGAACUUAGGAAAGAAGCAAAAUGGUGUAACGUACCAUAAUUUGAAGCACACCCAUGCUCUCUCUCUCUAUGUAGUAUAGAUUACGUGUCUUUCAUUCCCCCCCAAACAACAAAAACCCUUCCAAACCUAUUCGAAUUCCCAUUUCCAUCAUUCUCUAAAAUCUUUCUCCUCGUAAAUUCACCACAAAACCUCCCCUUCUUAUCCUAAAUCCUCCUCCUUAUCAACACCCACAUUCUCUUUAAAGUUAUCGCCUUUUCGUGUUUUUUCAUUGUUUUGGGUCCCUGAAAACUUGAAUCUUCCGUUGAUCUCUGAUUGUGUUUGAUAGGGAAAGAUUCGAUUUUUCGGAGACAAUGACGUGUUGCUCGUGUUUUGGUCCGAGGAGAAGACACGACGUGACGAAGAAUCCAAAUCUCAUCAAAGGCUUUUCCGAUCACAAUUCCAGACCUGACCAACCUUCUGCUAAUAAUCCAGCAAGAGCUUCACAGGAUUCUGAAACACAGCAAGAUCCUAGCAAGCCAACUCAAUGUUUCACAUACCGAGAACUCGCCACCGCUACUAACAACUUCAGGCUCGAAUCUAUGAUCGGACGUGGCGGUUUCGGUUCUGUUUACAAAGGAAUGUUAGAAACUACUCCUGGACAGUUGAAGAAUGUGGCUGUUAAGAUGCUUGAUACAACUGGUCAUCAAGGAGACAAAGAGUUUCUUGUGGAGGUCUUAAUGCUCUCCCUCUUGCGUCACGAGCACCUCGUGACUUUGUUCGGUUACUGCGCUGAAGGAGACCAAAGACUCCUCGUUUAUGAAUACAUGCCUUUUGGAUCCGUAGAAGAUCAUAUCCACGGUUACGGAUCUGAAGAAGAGGUUUUAGAUUUGAGCACAAGGAUGCAGAUAGCGUUAGGAUCAGCCAAAGGGUUAGCGUAUCUUCACAACGUGGCUCAACCUCCUGUGAUCUACAGAGACUUGAAAACCGCAAACAUAUUGCUGGACCACGGAUACAAAGCCAAGCUCUCUGACUUUGGGCUGGCCAAGUUUGGUCCGAGUGGUGACAUGUCUCAUGUCUCCACUAGAGUGAUGGGAACUCACGGGUAUUGCGCGCCGGAGUACGCCAGCACGGGGAAGCUGACGAUGAAAUCUGAUAUCUAUAGCUUUGGAGUUGUGAUGUUGGAGCUUAUCACUGGACGCAAACCUAUUGGGGACGCAUGCAUGGGUGCAAAACGUUUGCUUGUGAACUGGGCACUGCCGUUGUUCAGGGACCAAGAGAUAAGAAAGAUUGCAGAUCCGAUGUUGUCAAUACAAGGCCAUCAUUACUUGGAAGAAGCUGUGGAAAGAGCACUUGUGUUGGCGUACAUGUGUUUGAGAGAAGAUGCAAACGCUAGGCCAACGGUCAAGGAAGUGGUGGAGGCUUUAGAUAACAUAGUUAAGUUCAUAGAGCGGAAGAAGAAGAAGAAGAAAGAGAGCAAUAUUGGAUAUGGAAGAGGAGUGGAGUUGGAGAAGAAAGCUGCAGUGGCGGUGAGCUCACCGAAUGAGACGACGAGGAUGUUGAGUGUAAACGAAAUAGAAGUAGAAGUAGAAGAAGAAGAUGAAGAUUUGGAGAGGGAAAGAGCUGUUGCUGAUGCUAAGAACUGGGCUGAGACUAUGAGAGCGUUGAGGAGACAGAGCAAUGAGCCGCCAAAGCAGACAACUCCUUAGUCCUCUGUUUAUGUUAGGAACUGGUCAUAGUGAUUCAUCCCGAAAUGAAAUAUGGAGAAUGAUUAUAAAAAUGGGGAACUAAAGAGAUUAAU